UGUACUAGCCAACGCUUACCAAACACCUUGCCAGCUAUUUGUUGGCAGUGAAACUUUGCUGUCAGAAGAAGGCACUACCCAAGGAUCAACACCCGUUGACCAUGGCUAUGUGUAUGCCUUGGCCACCGUUCCACUGAUUGAUGAAAUACAAUUGCUGAACAGUUAUCAAGUCUGGUAGACUGAUGAUGCAGCUGCAGGUGGGAAUUUGUCUUCUCUCAAACAAUGGUGGACUAGUCUAAUCUUGUCAACAUUGGUCCCAAAUUUAGUUAUUUUCCCGAUGCCAGUAAAUCCUGGUUAGUUGUUAGAGAAGAAAAUCACUAAUAAGAAAACUCUAGUUCACCACAGCAAAAGAAGGCGUACACUUUAGACAAAUACAAAGACAAGUUAUAUUUUGAAUGAUGAUAUUUUAAUUAAUUAAGUUAAAUUAGUCUGUUUCAAUCACUAAUACUGUGGCUGAGACACACUAAUUAAUUAAAACAUCGCUGUUCUAAUUAUCUGGAGUUACUACACGUACCAUUCUCAGAGUAUCUAUCUAAACUUACGUGUCUAAUAUUAAACUUUGGAUAAAUGUACGUAAGCAACGACAGUCACUGACCAGACCACUUCAACAGAUUAGCUCUUAUCGAUAUUGAAAGUACUUACCAGGAAAUCAUCUACAACGUUCACAACUGGUUAUAGGAAAGAGGGCGUAUCGCUUAACGCGCGCUUGAGACCUAGACCGCCGACUCAGUAGUCAGGUUCCGGGCUAUUGCGUGCGACCUCGACUACACAAGCCCAAAUAGACCAUUACAGGGCGUUGGAAAUGAAAAAUACGUACGAGGAGGCAAUUAGGACACUCAAUGGCUUGCAAAGUAGCACUGCAGAAAAACGAAAUAGAGAGCUGACCAGAGGAGAUGCACAGCAGGAAGAAAAGAUUGUCCAAAUGGAAGAGAUUAUGAAGCGAUUGGGAGUAAAAAUGGGUGAUGUUGACCGAUUGCGAGUUAUUCACGUGAGUGGAACGAAAGGAAAGGGCUCAACUUGUGCAUUCUGUGAAAGUAUCUUACAUCACUGCGGAUACAGAACUGGAUUAUUUACAUCACCACAUCUUGUAGAGGUUAGGGACAGAUUUCAUGUCAAUGGCAGGCGACUCACGAAAGACCAGUUCUCAAUGUAUUUUUGGAAAUGUUAUGAACUACUGGAAGAGACUAGGGAUCACUAUAAUGGUUUCAUGCCAACGUAUUUCAAAUUUCUUACUGGAAUGGGCUUAUACUUGUUCAUUCAAGAAAAGGUUGAAGUAGCAAUUAUAGAAGUUGGAAUUGGUGGUGCAUACGACUGUACAAAUGUUGUCAAGCACCCAAGUGUAUGUGGUGUAGCUUCUCUUGGAUAUGAUCACACGAGGAUUUUAGGAGAUACCAUUGAAAGCAUUGCAUGGCACAAAGCAGGGAUUCUUAAGAAAUGUGUACCGGCAUUUACAGUUAACCAGGAAGUUGGAGGAAUGAACAUAUUGUGUGAAAGAGCAGCUGAAAUAGGAGCAGUUUUGUCUGUGGCUCCCGAUCUAUCAUGUUAUCCUGGUCCUCUUCCUGAUCUUGGUUUGUCAGGGAAAUAUCAGGAAACCAAUGCUACUUUAGCACUGCAGCUUUGCAAUACUUGGAUUCAAAUGAAUAGAAAAAGACCUUACAACUGUCACCACGAUGGCAUGCCGAGUUCAAUUGGUACAGAGGCAAAUGCGAUUACAACUGCUCCUGUGUUUGAUAUCACUAAAGAGUUCAGACUUGGCUUAAGGAAUUGCUGGUGGCCUGGUCGUAGUCAAAUGAUUUCCAGACCAGGGUGGACACUGUUUGUUGAUGGGGCUCAUACUGUAGCAAGCACCAAGGCAUGUAUGGAGUGGUUCAGUCAAGCAUCAACAGAGGAUGAGAAGGACCGAGAUUGCUCUGUUACUCGCAUCCUCAUAUUUCAUUGCACAGGAGGACGUAUAGCACGACCACUACUGAAACAAAUACAGGUGGGAGGUUUUGACAUUGCUAUAUUCUGUCCAAAUGUUGCAAGACUUGAUGACAAGUGCUUUGCAGAUCAAACAAGUUUUAAAACUACAUAUGACCAAGAGAUGCAGACAUGCUCAAACAACCAGUUGAUGUGGAAUGCACUUAGUCAACAGUCCAAGGACACGUUUAUUUUUCCAUGUAUCCUAGAUGCUUUUCAGUGGUUUACUGAAGGUCGAGAUCCUCUCGUAAACAGACUUGGUGACCAUGUAAAUCUUCCUCAUCUUCCUGACUGUGCAGUAGAAUCACAUCUGCAGGUCUUGGUUUGUGGAAGUGUCUUGUUAGUUGGAGCUGUAUUUAGGGCUCUUGGCCAAGAAUUAGCUCCUAUAGACAGGCCUUACGUUUGAUGUUAUUCUAAAAUAUAGUAUUUAUGCUAGAUUAGGCAAUUUACUUGCGUUCAAUAGAUGCGUUAGCCUAUUUGUCUGUUGCACUAUAAUUACUUUGUCUUGGUCUUGCUG